UCACGCAACAGGCUCACUUGGACUCUCGAAGACUGAUGUACAUGACUGUCAAUACCAUGGCCGACCCCUCUUCAUGCACCAGGGCCCCUUGAGGGCUCGUUCCUCACAAGAAGAAGAAGAAGAAGAAGAAGAAGAAGAAGAAGAAGAAGAAGAAGAAGAGGAGGAGGAGGAGGAGGAGGAGGAGGAGGAGGAGGAGGAGGAGGAGGAGGAGGAGGAGGAGGAGGAGGAUGAGGAGGAGGAGGAGGAGGAGGAGGAGGAGGAUGAAAAGGAGGAGGAGGAGGAAGAGGAUGACGAAGACGAGGAGGGGGACGACGAGGAGGAGGCUCUGCGUGAGGCGGAGGAGAACUUGAAGUCAGCCAUGGACCAGCUUCGUUCGAAGCAGGCACAGCUGGCCGCUGUCGAGGACCAGGUGGCCAUGCUCAGGAAGCAGCUCAGCGACGCAGAGGCGGAGUUGAAAUCUCUCAAGGAUCAGGCAGAGCUCACAAGCGGCAGGCUUACACGAGCUGGAAAACUCACCGCAGCAUUGGGUGAUGAGGAAGUGCGUUGGACGGAGACAGCGGCGUUGAUUUUAUCGAGGACCGAGCUGCUUGUUGGGGACGUGUUUCUUUCCUCCGCUUCCAUCAGUUACUGCGGCGCUUUCACUGGACCAUACAGGAAGACCAUGCUCGACCGUUGGAUUGCUCGCUGUCAGGAUCUGGCCAUCCCCGUUUCCAAGGAUGCUUCCCUUCGUGCCACACUGUCCAAUCCCGUGGAAGUCCGAGAAUGGAACAUCUGGGGCCUCCCCAGCGAUGACGUGUCCAUAGAUAACGGCAUCCUGGUGGCACGCGGCAAGCGCUGGCCGUUGAUGAUCGACCCGCAGGCUCAAGCCAACCGUUGGAUUAAAUCCAUGGAAGCCAAGAACGGGCUACGCAUCAUUCGUCUGAGCGACAACAAUUUCCUCCGCACCCUCGAGAACAGCAUACGCAUUGGCAAUCCCGUCAUCUUGGAGGACGUUGGAGAAGUCCUGGAUCCGGUGCUUGACCCCAUCCUCCAGAAGCAAAUCCAGAACAGAAAGGGUCGUCUUCUCAUUCGUGUAGGGGAUAACGACGUUGAUUACGAUCCGAGCUUCCGGUUCUACAUCACUACCAAAAUGUCCAAUCCUCACUACCUCCCAGAGACCUGCAUCAAGGUGACGAUCGUCAACUUCACGGUCACUAGCAUCGGAUUGGAAGAUCAAUUGCUGGGGGAUGUCGUGAGGAAGGAAAGGUCGGACCUUGAAGAGCAGAAAGAUCGGCUGGUGGUGAGCAUCAGUAAUGACAAGAAGCAGCUCAAGGAUCUGGAGGACAAGAUCUUGAAGUUAUUGAAGGAGAGCGAGGGGAACAUUCUAGACGACGAGGUGCUCAUCAACACUCUGAACAACUCCAAGCUCACAUCCGGAGUGAUCCAAGCUCGAGUGAAGGAGGCGGAGGUGACCGAGAAGGACAUCAACGAAGCCAGAGAGCAGUACAGAAUCGUGGCGAACAGGGGAUCUAUCCUCUAUUUUGUCAUCGCCGAUCUUGCCUUGAUUGAUUCCAUGUAUCAAUACUCGUUAUCCUACUUUGCUCAGCUGUUCAACUACUGCAUAGACGUGGCAGCGCAAUCGGAGGAUCUGGACAUGCGACUCAGCAACCUUAUCAACUACACGACGGAGUUCAUGUUCCUGAACGUCAGCCGAGGACUGUUCGAGGAGCACAAACUUCUCUUCUCCUUCUUGAUGGCCACCUCCAUUCUCCGCUCGUCGGGGGACAUAGGGGCCGAGGAGUGGUCCUUCUUCUUGAGAGGUGUGGCGGCUAGCAAAGUUACCGAUGAUCAGGGAGGCAGCGGUGCCGGCCGCGCCGCGCUCGCCGUGCAAGAGUCGGCCAAUCCUGUGUCGGCUUGGGCCAGCGACUCCGUGUGGGUCAAUCUGCGCGCACUGGAGAAAGCCAUACCCUCCUUUGUCGGGCUUUCCGCCGCUGUCUCUGCCAAUCAGGCUCAGUGGAAGGCAUUCGCCCAGUCACCGGAACCUCAUAACGCGCCCCUUCCAGGGGAGUACGGCCAGAGGGAGGUGGCGGCCACGGCCGCCGCCGAUGCCGAGGCUGCGGCUUUCGCCGCCGACGUUGCAGCUGCAGCUGUGGCCGCCGCUGCGGCUGCCGCCACCGCCGCCGCUGUAGCGCCUGCUGCUGCUGGGUCGCCCGACAUCCUCCAAGCCCCUGUUGACGACGACCACGACGCUGACCGCCAUCGCGAGCCCGAUCCGACCAAGAUAAAGAGGGUCCGCCGAAGCAGGAUGGGUUCCCUGAUCCAUCCGCAGAAGAGCAAGUGCUGUUUCCAGCGCCUGAACCUGGUCAAAGUCUUCCGCGAAGAGUGCUUGGGCUUCGCCUGCGCUCGCUUCGUCACCGACAUCCUGGGGCGGAGAUUCGCGGAGGUGGUGCCCUUCCAGCUGGACGACGUGUACAAGGACACGACCUGCACCAGCCCCAUCAUCUUCAUCCUGUCGUCGGGCGCCGACCCCACGGUCCUGUUGCAGAGGUUUGCCGAGAAGCUGGGUCGGCGACCGGGUGAGCAGCUGCACAUGAUCUCGCUUGGGCAAGGCCAAGGACCGGUUGCCGAGACGCUCAUCUCCAAGGCCUCCAAGCAAGGCGAUUGGGUCUGUCUCCAGAACUGCCACCUGGCAACCUCCUGGAUGGCCGUGCUAGAGCGCACGGUGGAGCGUUUCCAGGCUGAGAGUGCCGAGAUCCAUCCCGACUUCCGCCUCUGGUUGACCUCCAUGCCCAGUCCCGACUUUCCCAUCCCAGUUCUUCAGACGGGCGUCAAGAUCACCAACGAGCCCCCCAAGGGAGUGCGAGCCAAUCUUCUCCGCUCCUACUCCGGAUUCACCGACGCCUUCCUCGACAGCUGCUCCAAGAAAACCGUCUGGAAGAAGCUGGUCUUCGCCAUAUCCUUUUUCCAUGCCAUAGUCCAGGAGCGGCGAAAGUUUGGGCCUCUGGGCUGGAAUGUCCGCUACGAGUUCAACAGCUCGGACCUGGACUGUGCGCUUCAGCAGCUGCACAUGUUCCUUGAGGAGCAGCCGGAGAUCCCCUGGCCCGCUUUGCUCUAUGUGACUGGAGAGAUAACCUACGGCGGGCGGGUGACGGACUUCCUGGACCGCAGGUGCCUGGCCUCCAUCCUGAACCAGUACUACUGCCCCUUCGUCUUGGAAGAGGACUAUACCUUCACUCCAUCGGGGGUCUAUAGGGCCCCCCCUGAGGGGGGCCUCGAGUCCUACGUCGAGUACAUCAAGUCCUUGCCGCUGACCGAGGACCCUUCCGUGUUCGGCAUGCAUGACAACGCUGCCAUCACCUUCCAGACGCAAGAGACGACCAGGUUCAUAGAGACAAUCCUCAACAUACAGCCACGGCAAGCCGCCACGACAGCCAAGGGGGCCCCGUCGCAGGAUGACCUGGUGCUCAAUCUGGCCGACGACAUCUUGAAGGGCCUUCCCCAACUGCUAGUCCGGGACGAAGAGUCGGCCGCUUCGUCCGCCUUCCUCCCCGAUGCCAACGGACGACUGCCAUCUCUGUCUGUGGUCCUCCUCCACGAGGCUGAAAGGUUCAACCGCCUCUUGAAUAGGGUGGGGUCAACGUUAAAGGAGCUCCAGAGAGCCAUCAAGGGGUUGGUCGUGAUGUCCUCAGACUUGGAACGAAUGUUCAGCAGCCUGUUGAACAACCAGAUCCCGGCUCUAUGGACCCAGGUGGCUUAUCCCUCCCUAAAGCCCCUAGCCAGCUGGGUGAAGGAUUUCCAAGCUAGGAUAGAGUUCAUGCAUACAUGGAUGCGUAAGGGCCAACCCAGCUGUUUCUGGCUUCCGGGGUUCUUUUUCCCCCAAGGGUUCAUGACCGGGGUCUUGCAGACACAUGCAAGGAAGUACUCUGUACCUAUAGACACCCUUAGCUUUCGGUUUGAAGUCCAGGAUGUGUACGAGGCAGAGGAGGUGCAAAUGCCCCCAGAGGAUGGGGUAUAUAUCAAUGGGUUGUUCCUAGAUGGGGGGUUCUGGGACCAGCGAUAUCGGGCACUCACGGAGGCCCGACCGGGCAUCAUGUACUCACCGCUGCCGGUCGUGCACUUCGACCCCGUCGUGCAGUACAAGACAGACAACACGAAUUUCAUGAAAGAUUAUGAGUGCCCGCUGUAUAAAACGGCAGUGCGAGCAGGAGUGCUCACCACCACCGGUGCUUCAUCCAACUACAUCCUCAACGUCAGCCUGCCCAUCCGAUCAGAUACAACACCCGAUUUCUGGAUUCUGCAGGGGGUUGCUCUUCUUUGUCAGCUCAGCAAGUGAAACUGUGCCACAUGAUCAGGUUGAAGUGAAAAAGGAGUGGCAGCUGCUCAGCAAGGAGUCCAACUACGGCCAGCUGCUGAGCAAGAAGUCCAACUAGUGCCAGCUGCUCAGCAACUGAAACUGCCCAUCCUACACCUGAUUCCUGCAUCCUGCACGGGGUUGCUCUUCUUUUCCAGCUCAGCAAGUGAUAAAACUGUGCCAGCGAA